UAAGAAGCAUAGACUAUGCACAAGAUCACUGCCAUUGAAGGAUUUUCCAUCGAAAGGGAGCCAUCGCAAACACAAAUUCUCUCCACCUCCCAUAAUCUGUCCAAGGUCAGACGUUUCGAUUCGAAGCCGUUCCAUAGCAGUUGGGAAACAGUAUUAACGAACACUGAUAAGGUUUUUAUAAAACGAGCAUCUUCGCUGGCUGUUCGGAUCAUUCCGCUAGUGAAAGUCGCGAUCACAACAGUUCAGCUUUACGGUUUCUUUUUUUCAAAAAUGGCAAAAUGGGCCGUAUUUGGCAUAAUCUUUCUGAUAGGCUUAUUUAGCGAGGAGCUAAGGAUAACGUCAGCCGAAAAGCUACAACUCGUCUAUCAAUGGUCACAGCUGAAGUCCAGUAACAGUAGCGAAGCAUCGCAAAAUGUAGUAUUCACGGCCAAUUCUGUCCCAGCCGAUGAGGACACGUUCAACGCGUAUGGCAAUCUGCCGAUGGGUGUCACCCAUCACAAGGGAUUCCUGUACGUUACGAUUCCACGGCGCCGUCCGGGCAUUCCGGCCACCUUGAACGUCAUCGACCUGGCACGCAAUCCAUCGGCAAACAAUCCGACGCUGGAUCCGUACCCUAACCUAUUGGUGAACUCACUGCGGAGGGAUUUCACCGCCGACCCGAAACGCAUCAUCUCUGUCUACCGCACGCAGGUGGAUCGUUGCGAUCGGCUCUGGUUCGUUGAUACGGGAUAUCUCGAGUAUCCGGGCGGUGCUGGCCGCCAGGUGCAGCGUCCCGCCCUGUGGGUCAUCGAUCUUACCAUCAAUCGGAGUGUGCGACGGUUCGAAAUUCCACCGGAAAUGGUCGAGUUUGGCUACGGCAUUCCCAACAUCGAGGUGGACGUCGAUGAUCGCGAUUGUGGCCGUGCUUACGCGUACAUUCCCGACUACGAGUGGCGUCGGCUGUACGUGUACGGACUGACCGAGGGUCGGAUGUGGCGGUUUGAGCACAAUUACUUCUCCUUUGAACCACGGUACGGUGACUUCAAUGUGGCCGGUCAACAGUUCACCUGGUACGAUGGUAUCUUUUCCGUGGCGGUCGGUGGACGGUGGGAAAAUAGUGCUGCCGAGCGUACCGUGUAUCUGCACGCAAUGGCUUCCGUCAGUGAGAUUUCUGUGUCGAAUCGGAUUCUACAGAACGAAACGAUGGCGCAGCUCGGCAGUGGGGCGUACGGGCGUGCCUUUCACCAUCUUGGCGCCCGUGGACCGAACACGCAAAGCUCGAGCCACGCGUACGAUCCGCGCACGGGAGUGCUUUUCUAUGCGGAAAUCAACCGGAAUGCGAUUGGUUGCUGGAACACGCACAAGCAAUUCACACCGGAAAACCACGGCAUAGUGCAUCUGGACAACGAGGAAAUGAUUUAUCCUGCAGAUUUAAGGAUUGACAGUGACGGUGAUUUGUGGGUCAUUUCGAAUCGGCUGCCCAUCUGGAUCUACUCCCAGCUGAACCGGACCGAAGUGAACUACCGAAUUUGGCGCCAAUCGGCCUCUCGUGCCGUUGCUGGAACAGUCUGUGCAUAAUACCUUGCCGCACGUACACGACUACAAUGAUAAAGAGCCGUUUCUUUCCACACGUACCGCAAAUGAAUCGUUGAAAGUGAUAAGAACAGUCAGCUGCUUGUUAAAAAAGAAAGAACAUAAACCUACGGACUCGUGGGUCAUUUAUUUGCCAUGAGGUGUUACGAAAAAUGCGCCGCUUUGACAAACCCGGGGCGGGCACUAAUUUUUACCACACUACGAGACGACUAUGAGCACUCAGAACUAAAAUCUUAUGUCAAGAGAAUCACUUUGUUUUGUAUAGCUUUGUCCUAAAAAUUUCUAAAGAAUGUGUGUCUACUGAGCGAAUGGAUUCGUAUAAGAAUGGAAAAACGCCUUUACCUUA